AUGCGGAAGCCUGUGACACAAUUACAGUGCUAUAAGUGUCAAAAGCUUGGACACAUAGCCAAGGAAUGCGACAGUGUGGUUGCGUGUGUUAAGUGCGGGAAACCGAACGACACGCGCAACUGCACCAAACCAAGGGGUACUGCCGCGCUGUGCGUAAAUUGCGGUCGCUCGCACGCCGCAAACGCGCGCAGCUGCAGCUAUCUGAAGACAUGGAAGCAGCGGAAGUUGGCCACUACACACGAUGAGGUGCCCCAACAAGAAGAAAAGGUAAACACCCCGCCCUCCUACCUUAGUAGGGGAAGCGGGCUGCGCCACCAAGACGACGUGGACGCCUUCCACCAAGCACUGCGGGAAGCCAACGUGGACGCAAUCACUGCGCUCAAAUCCGCCAUGGCGGAGGAGAGAGCGGCCCUGAGAGCGGAGCUAGAAGAGACGUGUCAGGAAGUGACUCAACUAAGGGUCGCCUUGUACCUCGCGUUCCGUACGACGCCGGACAUGGCACCGACCCCCACCAGUACGGCGGUUAACGCGGCUACACAAACGACUGCCUAUCUGGCCGUCGCGGCAACGCAGGUUGCUAGGGAGGUGGUCAUACAGUCGGGGAAAACCACCGACAACAAGGAGACGGCACCCUCGGAAGCAGUCGUCACUCCUGUCUCUGCGGAAACGCAGACGACACAGGAAAUGCUGAUGGAGACCAGGGGAGAAGAAGAAGACGAGCCAUUCGAGUGCCUCCCCCUCCCCAACAAGAACUGUGCGAGGGAGGUGCUCACCAAGAUCGCCGAUUCCCUGCGAGACGGUAGCUAA